AGAAAAGAGUCCAACUACAAACAUGCGCGCGCAUAGAUCAUAUUGUCCCGUAAAUCUAACAGCAAAAUUCAAAAACCAAAACAUUGGAGACACAUGCUGAUCUCAAAGAACCCAAUUUUCAAAAACACAAACCUUAAGUCCCCCAAACCCUCACCAUUAUCAUUACUCCUCUUCCUCCUUAAACAAUGUCCCUCCACAAAAACCCUCCAACAAAUCCACACUCAAAUGAUAAUCCACUCCAUUCACAAACCAAAUCACCUUCUCUCUCAAUCCAUAAACCUCAAAGAUUUCAACUAUUCCUCCUUCAUUUUCUCCCACAUUACUCCUCACCCAAACGACUACGCUUUCAACAUCAUGCUCCGUGCUACCACCACCACAUGGAACGAUUACCCUCUUACUCUUAAUCUUUACCACCAAAUGAAAAACUUAAACCUUACUCCUAAUAACUUCACUUUCCCUUUUGUUUUCCUCGCUUGCGCGAACCUAGGAGCCGUUCGUGAAGCUCGGUCAGUUCAUUCCUCGGUGAUUAAACUUGGGCUGGAUACAGACCUGCAUACCGCUCACUCGUUGAUCACCGUGUACUUUAGGUGUGGGGAAUUCGGUUUUGCACAUAAGGUGUUUGAUGAAAUUUCGCACAAGGAUUUGGUGUCGUGGAAUUCGUUGAUUUCUGGGUAUGCGAAGAUGGGUCGUGCGAGGGAAGCUGUUGAGGUGUUUGGACGGUUGAGGAAGGAAUCUGGGUUUGAGCCGGAUGAGAUGAGUUUGGUUAGUGUUCUUGGGGCUUGUGGUGAAUUGGGGGAUUUGGAAUUGGGGAGGUGGGUGGAAGGGUUUGUUGUUGAAUGUGGCAUGAAGGUUAAUUCAUAUAUUGGUUCUGCUUUGAUUAGUAUGUAUGCUAAAUGUGGUGAUUUGGUGUCUGCUAGAAGGAUCUUUGAUGGUAUGCUAAGCAGAGAUGUUAUCACGUGGAAUGCAGUUAUAUCAGGAUAUGCUCAAAAUGGAAUGGCAGAUGAAGCAAUCUCUUUAUUUCAUUGUAUGAAGGAGAGUGGUGUUAAUCCAAAUAAAGUUACCCUGACUGCAGUGCUGUCUGCGUGUGCCGGUAUUGGGGCUCUGGAUUUAGGGAAACACAUUGAUGAUUAUGCAACACAAAGAGGAUUUCAGCAUGAUAUAUUUGUAGCAACUGCAUUGAUUGAUAUGUAUGCUAAGUGUGGGAGUUUGGAGAGUGCACAGCGGGUUUUUAACGACAUGCCCCGAAAAAAUGAUGCUUCUUGGAAUGCAAUGAUCGCUGCUCUUGCUUCUCAUGGUAAAGCCAAGGAAGCUCUAUCACUUUUCCGGCGCAUGUCAGAUGAGGGUGGCGGUGCCCGCCCCAAUGAUAUAACAUUUGUAGCAUUGCUUUCUGCUUGUGUUCAUGCAGGCUUGGUCGAUGAAGGACAUAGGUUGUUUGAUAUGAUGAGUACAUUGUUUGGAUUGGUACCAAAAAUCGAGCACUACUCUUGUAUGGUUGAUCUUUUGGCACGUGCCGGUCAUUUAUACGAAGCUUGGGAUCUCAUUGAGAAAAUGCCUGAAAAACCAGAUAAGAUUACGUUAGGUGCCUUACACGGUGCCUGUCGAAGAAAGAAAAAUGUAGAUAUUGCCGAAAGAGUUAUGCAAAUGCUUCUGGAGUUAGAUCCUUCAAAUUCUGGAAACUAUAUCAUCUCGUCAAAAAUAUAUGCAAAUUUGAACAUGUGGGAUGAAUCCGCAAGGAUGAGAGCAUUGAUGAAAGAGAAAGGUGUAACUAAAACGCCUGGUUGUAGCUGGAUUGAAAUUGAUAAACAGUUGCGCGAAUUUCGUGCUGGAGACGGCUUAUGCCUCGAUUCUAUAGACAUAUCUAACAUAAUUGAUUUACUCUAUGAAGAGCUCAGAAAGGAAGGUUAUGUCCCAAAAAUUGUUGAAUAAUCAUUAUGAGGGGCUGAAGAGUUGUUUUAUUAGCCAUUGCCAUAGUAGCGAAAUUUGGCCUCUGUGGCACUUAACAGUUUCAGCUCAACUAUUCAUGUCUGUUGAAUUUGUUUCAUCAGCUUAGUAAGUUCUGACAGCACAUACUCUUAAGAUGGUUGAGUCCUAUGAAACACCGACACCUUUGAUUGAAGUUGUGGACACUAAUACGACAUAUGUGAUUACAUUCAAUCACUUAUAUUUGUGAAAUUUUCAACAGUGUCUACUUGUCAGGGUUGUGUCUGUGCCAAUGCUUCGUUGGUUGAGCGUCUCUAGCUUUUACAUAAGCUCCUUUGGAUACUUUCUUAAGCUUUUGGCAAAUCAAGGAGCUUUUCAUCUUGUUGAUUUGGGCAAAAUCUCCGGAAGAACACGACUUUUCAAUUUGAGAUUGAUCGAUGUUGCCAAAGGAAUGGGUUCCAGCAAUUGAUUUUGCUUUUAGGGAAGCAACUUUUGCUUCUUUAUGUAUCCUUUCAUUAUCAACCAAGACAAUGACCAGUGCUUGAAAAUUUUGAUACUCAAUAUUUAAAUUCUUUUUUCACCAA